UUCAAGUGGGAAAUUUGGAUGGGGUUUCACCCGAUUUCGAGCAUGGAACACCUCCAUUUGCAUGUGCUUUCUGCAGACUUGUAUUCUCCAAAGAUGAAGUCGAAGAAGCACUACAACUCGUUUCAUCCUAGCUUGGGAUUCUUUCUGCAUUUGAAAGAUGUUCUUUCGUGGUUCGAUGCCGUGCCUUCGUAUUAUCAAAGAAUGAUUAAGCUCGAUGCCAGCCAGUAUCAGUCGCUAUUAAAGGACGGCGACCUUAGUUGCUGGCAGUGCGACCGUGCCCUGGAGAGCAUGCCUAAGCUGAAGGCACAUUUACAAGAUGAGUUCAGUAAGCUGACGACGAGGGAAAAGGCGAAGUCAGAAAGGAAAAGGAAAUGUACCAAUGUACCCGUUUCAUCCGUGCAGGCAGCGGUGACCGAUGAUGAGCGACCUGAGAAG